AUGCCUAGCCCUCCACGAGAUGCUUUCCAGAUCGGCUGGAUCUGCGCCCUCCCAGUCGAGGCUGCUGCUGCUGCGGAAAUGCUGGACGAGGAUUUUGGGAUCCUUCAGGAGCAAGAUGAAGCGGACACAAAUACCUACGUGCUGGGCCGAAGUGGCAGACACUACGUCGUGAUCGCCUGCCUUCCCGGUGGGCAAUACGGAACUACCUCGGCGACUACUGUCGCUAACAAUUUACUUCGCACUUUUUCCAAGUCUCUUCGAAUCGGAUUGAUGGUUGGAAUCGGGGGCGGAAUCCCCUCAGCUGCUCAUGAUAUUCGCCUCGGCGACGUGGUGAUUAGUUACCCUCAAGGCACCUGCGGUGGCGUGAUUCAAUAUGACAUGGGGAGAAUUAUAGCAGAGGGAGAGUUUGAACGAACCGGCUCGUUGAACAGUCCUCCGAGGGCAUUGUUAACCGCAGUCGCCAUGAUGAGAGCUAAUGUCCUGAGGGAUGACCCCUGCUACCUGGAAUAUCUCCACAGUGCGAUUGGGAGGACCGCUCGAACUCGGAAGAACUUCGGCCAACCUGCUGCACAGUACGAUCGAUUAUUCAAGGCAAAGCAUGAUCAUCCUGCGAAUGCGAGUAGCUGCGAUAGUUGCCCUGCGGAAUGGGAGGAGACAAGAAGUGGGCGCGAGGAUAGCGGCCCGCAAACCCAUUAUGGAAUCAUCGCAUCCGGAAACUCUGUUAUAAAACAUGGAAAUACGAGAGAACAGCUGAGGUCGAAGACAGGCGCGUUAUGUUUUGAGAUGGAAGCGGCCGGUCUGAUGCUGGACUUUCCUUGCAUAGUUAUUCGCGGUAUUUCCGACUAUGCGGAUUCACAUAAGAAUAAGCAGUGGCAAGGAUACGCGGCCUUGGCAGCAGCCGCGUAUACCAAAGAGCUCCUGGGAUACCUUCCUGUUGGCCAUGUGUCGCAGGAGGCAUUAGUGGUGGAUGUGUGUACUGAGUUGAGAGAAGUUAGAGAAGGAGUCAGCGGCAUUAAUCAGCGUUUAGAUGGAAUUAGAAGUCAACAAGACCGGCACCAUCGCGAGAACAUUAAAAUUGCCUCGACAGAAGAACAACAACGUUGUCAUCAGACUUUCAAGGUGGCCAACUACACGGAGCAAAAGAACAUCAAUCCACGCAGAGUUGAAGGAACCUGCUUAUGGGCUCUGCAAAGCCCUGAAUACACUCGGUGGUCGGAGAGCACUUGUCACGAUCUCCUCUGGGUGUCAGCUGAUCCAGGUUGCGGGAAGUCUGUACUGGCCAGGUCGAUUAUUGAUGGUUACAUGGAAGCUCCUCACAAACAAGUAACAGUAUGCUACUUUUUCUUCAAGGACAACGAAGAACAGGACCACCUUGCUGCCGCAAUGUGCUCGGUUCUUCAUCAGUUCUUCAGUCAGCGGCCCGAUCUACUGCGUUAUGCUAUUCCGUCCUGGGAAGAAAAUGGGGAGAAGCUCCGAGGAGAGGCUGAAGAGCUUUGGCGUAUCUUCGUGACGGCCGCAUCAGCUGAAGGAUCACGCGAGACAAUUUGUAUACUCGAUGCGCUUGAUGAGUGUCGGGAGGCUGAUCAGGGUCGAUUGAUCGAGAUGCUUGAUCUAUUCCAGCGUCAGUCAUAUUCAUCAACGCAAGAUGCCUAUUUGAAAUUCUUGGUCACCAGUCGCCCCUACUACCAUAUCCAGAACUACUUCAGAGGGAUAACAGAGACCUUCCCACACCUACAUCUUAAGGGAGAGGAGGAUAAUUACCAAAUCCGCAAAGAGAUUGAUAUUGUUGUUAAAAUAAGAGUCAAGGAGCUAUCCGAGACUGCACGACUGUCACAGGAUGUGACGCAACGACUCGAGCAACAGCUCAUUCAAAUGGAACACCGCACUUAUUUAUGGCUACAUCUAGCUAUGGAUGAUAUUCGAUCUACGUUCGAGGAUAGCCUUCGGCCUGCCGACGAAUCAAUUCGCAUGAUACCCCCUUCAAUCAAUGAGGCAUACGAACGGAUUCUUAGUCGAGUUCCGUCCGGUCAAGUGGAUAUAGUGGGGAAGGUCUUGCAGAUUAUUGUUGCUGCACGCCGUCCUUUGACAACAGUCGAAAUGGCCAUGGCGUUGGGUAUAGCUAUCUCGCCACAGUCACGAACCGCAGCGAAAGCUGGACUUGAUUCAUCGCUGAUAAGCAAGAAGCUCCGUCAUUUAUGUGGACUUUUUGUCUUUAUCAAUAACUCCAAAAUCUACCUCAUCCAUCAGACUGCAAGAGAAUUUCUUAUCGCGAAGAGAAGCUCGCACCAAGCCGGCCUCGCAUACUCAUGGAGAUUGAACGAUGCUGAGCACCAGAUGGCUCGAGUAUGUUUGCGAUACUUGCUAAUGGAAGAUCUUGUGUGUGAUGAUGACAGGCAUCGCUCCAACACCGAGGAUUUCUUGGGGUAUGCAGCAGUACAUUGGCCCGACCACGUAAGGAAAAUGAAUCUAGCUUCGGACAAAGAAGCCGUCGAGCAAGUGCAUCAAUUAUAUGACGUGAGUGGAAAGCUGUUCCCACUGUGGUUUCCAGUCUUUCAGGAGGCAGCAAGGCCUUACGAGGCGAGUCUCUCUGCAAUGAAAGCGCUGCAUCUAGCAGUCUUCAACGGCCAUGACCUGGAGGUUCAAUAUCUACUUGGUGUUGAUCCCAGCGAUGUUAAUAUACCUGAUGGCACAAACACAUACGCCAUCGUACGGGCGUCCUUGAAUGGAUACAGAAAGGUCGUGCAGAUAUUGCUUGAUUAUGGAGCCAAUGUCAAUGCCCAGAGUUGUCUCUACGGCAACGCCCUUCAGGCGGCU